AUGAUUGCUGCUCCGUUGACCAAGUUACUACAUAAGGGAGUUCCAUUUGAGUGGAAUGAGAAGCACCAACAAAGUUUUGAUCAGCUUAAGACAAUUCUGACAGAGGCACCAGAAGGUAAGGUAGUUGCUUAUAUAUCUAGGCAACUUAAGUUGCAUGAGCGUAACAACCUUACCCAUGGUUUGGAGUUAGCAGCAGUGGUUUUUGCAUUGAAGAUUUUGAGGCACUAUCUCUUUGGGGAAAAUGUUAUAUCUAUAUCGACCACAAAAGUCUUAAGAUCUGCUUACGCAAAAGGAGCUAAAUUUGAGGCAACUGGCAGCAAUGCGAGUGAUGUUUGCGAUUUGACCUUGUUAGAUCACGGUGGUUUAUUAGCUGAGCUUCAGGUUGAAUCGAUGUUGGUGCUAAAGGUAAAAGAGACGCAGGAGUCUGAUGAUAGUUUGGUUGCUAGAGCAAAUAGGAUGAGGCGAGGGGAAGCAUCAAGCUUCGAAUUACAAGAUGGCAAUGUAUUGUAUUUUAGAAGGCGACUUUGUGUUCCAGCAGGUGAACUGAGGGAUAAGAUCCUUCGUGAGGCACAUAGUAGUCCGUUUACUAUGCACCCAGGUAGUAACAAGAUGUAUCAGGAGCUUCGUCCAUUUUUAUUGGUGGAAAAAGAUGAAGAGAGAUAUGUCAUAGUUUGUGACUCGAUGCUUAGCUUGUCAGCAGGUGAAGGUAGAGCAUCAAGUUCCUUUAGACACGAAGCAAUUUGGGUAAUUGUGGACAUAUUGACGAAGACUACACAUUUCCUACCAGUGCGCAUGGACUUCACUCUCAAGAAGUUAGCCAAAUUGUAUAUUGGUGAUAUAGCGAGGCUUCACAAGGGAGGUUGGGAGGAGCACCUUCCCUUGGUCGAGUUCACAUACAACAAUAGUUAUCAGUCUAGCAUUCAAAUCGCUCCUUUUGUGGCAUUACAUGGUCGUAAGUGUAGGACUCCUUUGUGUUGGAAAAAACUUAAUGAGAGGAAGAUUGCUGGUCCGGAGUUGGUCAGGGAGACUAAGGAUAAGAAGUCAUAUGCAAAUUUGAAACACAAAGAGAUAGAGUUUGCAGUAGGCGACAAGGUCGUCCUUAAGGUUUCACCUUGGAAGAAAGUUUUACGCUUCGGAUGCAAAGGGAAAUUGAGUCCCAGGUUCAUUAGACCUUAUGAAGUUCUAAAGAGGGUUGGACCAAUGGCAUAUAGGUUAGCCUUGCCAUCAGAGUUAAAGCAUAUUCAUAAUGUGUUCCACGUGUCCAUGCUUAGGAGGUAUCGUUUUGAUCCUUCCAAUAUCUUACAGCUUGAGCAGAUUGAGGUGAGCCCAGACUUGUCAUAUGAAGAAGAGCCGAUUCAAAUUUUGGCCUAA